AUGGGAUUCUCGGAACUACCAUUCGAAAUUCUUUUGAAGAUUGCCGAUAAUCUAAGGAAAAAUGAAUUGCUGGCUUGUUCUCUGACGUGCAAGGGAUGGAGACACCCGUUUCUAAUAGUUCUGUGGAAAGAUAUACAUGUUUUUAACCCUAAAAGAAUGAAAGCAUUCAUCAAAAGUACUAAAGCGUCAAAGAAUGUAUCCAGCUCACCAUCCCACUUUAUUCACACUUUAAACAUAUACCUUAAUUUCUAUGAGCUCAAAAGUCUCGAUAUGGAUAUUUCUGUCAUAUUUAAAUACAUGGAUAACUUAAAGUGCCUGUACCUAGGAGAUAUAGACUAUAAAUCUAUUUACAUUGAGUCAACAAAAUCAGAAAAAGUGUGGAAGUCUCUGGAAAGCUUGACAAUACGAUGCUGUGGAGCUAAAGAGAUACAGCCAGCAAAUAACAUACUCGAAUUUAUAUGCGCAUGCAAUAUGCUUCAGAAAUUACAAGUAUAUGAGCAAGGAUCGGGUUACCACAUAGAGUUUAGUAUGGAUGACUUUGACAAAAUGCACCAAAGCUUGCAAAAUCUAUCGUCUUUCGACCUUCAAAUAUAUCUCUGCCCUGACUUUUCGACUACAUUGAACACAAUUCCAAGCACAACACCGGCUUUUGGUGUGACAUCCUUAUAUAUAAGUUCGAGAGAAGAUCGCAAAUACAUAAACUCAGAAACAGAUUUAUGUCAGAAUAACUGGAAUCCUUUGUGGUUGUGCUAUUUUGGAUACAAAUAUCCAAACUUGCGUUCAAUAGCGCUGGAUGUUGCGGAUGCACGAGAUAACCCGAUAAAUUCUGACCAGAAGCAAGCAGCUAUAUCUCUUUUCCGAUCCAAUCCAAACGCUUUUCGACACCUGGAAGUAUUCAAAUUUGCGACCGACACCUAUUUUGAGUCUUCGGAUUUUAUUUUAUGGGAUUUGCUUUGUGCGUUAAGACUCCCACUUAAGCAUUUGAAGUUAGAUGCGACAAGAUCUGGCAAAGUAGAUCCUUCAUACCCAAUGGACGUCAACAGGAUCUUACAAUAUGUUUCCGAAACAAUUGAAAAACUUUCGCUCACAGGGUUUAUAUAUAAUGGAGAUCACCAAAAUACGACCCUGGGGCUAUCCUAUUAUUGUCCGGUCUUGACGGAACUUUGCAUCAAAGGAGAAAAUGUGUCUCUUGAUCUAGACAAGAUAUUGGAAAAAUGUGUGGCUCUCAAAAAACUGAAGUUCGCUGGUGAAAGAUUAUUUGUUGAUACGAACACGAUAUCCGAGGAUCCAAAGCAACAACAUGGACUACAGGAACUGAUGUUGUAUGAUUGUGCUGUAAAGGCCGAAGUAUUUCAUUACAUAUCAUUCAAGUAUAGAAGUCUGAAGAAAAUGCUUUUGAAAAAAGUGUUCAUCGAGGGAUCUAUUUGUUACGCAACCGGGUGUUUAUUACUCGACAUGCCGUACACUUUCUUAGAAUAUCUGUACAUCAGCGAGAUUCAAUUCGGUGAAUCAUACGAAGAUAUGGAUCUAGAGCUUGAUAUCGCUCUGACACGCGUGUCUCAAAUAAGCGAACCUCAAAUGUUUAAUGAAAGAAACAAAAAGGAAGAAACGGAGAUAGACUCAAUUCAGCCUAUAGUUGAAAGCUACGAUCUCGAAUGGUUCUAUACUCAUGUGUACAAUUUGGCUGAUGGGACGUCCCCCGCAUACAGUGUGGAAAUUUCAAAAGAAAACGUCAAAAUUAUACAUGAAUACUUUAAAAACUUUCCGUUAAACAGCAGGAACCUAAGUUUAUAUGAGGAUGAAAUGCAUCUUGAAGAGGAACCAGAAAACUGGUGGAAAUUCGAACUUUAUAAAGGGUAUGGCGAAUUUAGAUUUGGCAAGAUUAAACAUACUUUUGUAUGGGGAGGAUCCGAGGACGAGUUUUAGCCAAUACCUUGUACAAGAGAUUAUUUUCAAAAGCAAAUAAAGU